AUGUUUGGCGGUGCAUUAAUAUUGUUAUCUGGUGAUUUUCGUCAAACGUUGCCAAUUAUUCCGAGAUCAACACCAGCUGAUGAAAUGAAUGCAUGUUUGAAAAGUUCAUUUUUGUGGCGUGUGCGUCUUCAAAAUGAUUCUUCAGCACGUGAGUUUUCAAAGCAAUUGCUGAAGAUUGGCGAUGGAAAAAUGGCAAGUGAUCAAAAUGGGUUUAUCACGUUACCGAAUAAUUUUUCAAUAAUUGUAUCAUCAAAAGAAGAACUCAUUGAUGGCGUUUUUCCAAAUAUUGCUCAAAAUUAUAAUAACCAUGAUUGGUUACGAGAACGUGCAAUUUUAGCACCAAAAAAUGUCAAUGUCAAUGAAUUCAAUUUCCACAUCCAGGAAAAAUUGCCAGAUAAUUCGGAAACGUAUAAAUCUAUUGAUACUGCUAUGAAUGAUGAAGACGCAGUCAAUUAUCCGGUUGAAUUUUUAAAUUCUUUGGAACCAACAGGCAUGCCACCGCAUAAUUUGAAUUUGAAA